ACCCGAAUACGACAUAGGGUACGCUGUCACCGAGGGUAUUUUCGCUAGCAUCGUGUGGAGUCGAUUUCCGGUAAAAAUAGAAAUUUCUUGGUAAAAAGUUGAAAAAACACACAAAACCGACACAAAAUGGCAGACAAUGACGAUCUUUUAGACUAUGAAGACGAGGAACAGACGGAACAAGCCGUUGCUGAGUCCACAGAUCAGCCCAAGAAGGAUGUUAAGGGUACCUAUGUCUCCAUUCACAGCUCCGGUUUUCGUGAUUUCUUGUUGAAACCGGAAAUUUUGCGGGCGAUCGUCGAUUGUGGGUUCGAGCAUCCGUCAGAAGUGCAACACGAGUGCAUUCCGCAAGCCGUCCUUGGCAUGGAUAUUCUGUGUCAAGCGAAAUCCGGUAUGGGAAAGACUGCGGUCUUUGUGUUGGCGACGCUGCAACAACUGGAGCCCACGGAGAAUCACACGUAUGUGCUCGUCAUGUGUCACACGCGUGAAUUAGCAUUCCAAAUCAGCAAGGAGUACGAACGUUUCUCCAAAUACAUGCCCAACAUCAAGGUUGGCGUCUUUUUCGGCGGCAUGCCCAUCCAAAAGGACGAGGAACAGUUGAAAGCUACCACGCCGCAUAUCGUUGUCGGAACACCGGGUCGCGUCUUGGCACUCAUCAAGAACAAGAAACUCAAUUUGAAACAUUUGAAGCACUUUAUCUUGGACGAGUGCGACAAAAUGCUUGAACAAUUAGAUAUGCGUCGCGACGUUCAAGAAAUUUUCCGCAAUACACCACACAGCAAGCAAGUUAUGAUGUUCUCCGCUACUUUAAGCAAGGAAAUUCGUCCGGUUUGCAAGAAAUUCAUGCAAGAUCCCAUGGAGGUGUACGUUGACGACGAAACCAAGUUGACAUUGCACGGCUUGCAACAACAUUACGUCAAGUUGAAGGAAAAUGAGAAAAAUAAAAAAUUAUUUGAACUUUUGGAUGUCUUGGAGUUCAAUCAGGUCGUAAUUUUCGUGAAAUCAGUGCAACGUUGCAUGGCACUCGCGCAACUCUUGACGGAACAAAAUUUCCCCGCGAUCGGCAUUCAUCGUGGCAUGUUGCAGGAGGAGCGUUUGAGUCGUUACCAGCAAUUUAAGGAUUUCCAAAAGCGUAUUUUGGUGGCGACAAAUUUGUUUGGGCGCGGCAUGGAUAUCGAGCGUGUCAAUAUUGUGUUCAACUACGACAUGCCCGAGGACUCGGAUACGUAUUUGCAUCGGGUAGCGCGUGCCGGGCGUUUCGGUACCAAAGGUUUGGCCAUUACCUUCGUGUCGGACGAGGGCGACGCAAAAGUAUUGAACGAGGUGCAGGAUCGAUUUGACGUCAAUAUCACAGAAUUACCCGACGAAAUUGAUUUGUCGUCAUACAUCGAGGGACGAUAAGAAGCCGAUUGCCGCACGCAGAGGAAACUCAUCUGACACUUGGAUGGCAUUAAAUUAAGACUUUCAUAAUUUUAACUUUUAAGUUUCUUUCUCACACAAAAAACUAAAAAU